GCCCCGGCCGGGAGGGCCUGAGCGGCGCCGCCGGCGGAGCGAGGGAGGGAGCGGCCCGGCCCGGCUCGGCUGCGCCCCGCCGCGAUUCCGCUGUUCCGCAGACGGGGCCGCGAUGGCGCUGGUGCCGUACGAGGAAGGCCGGGCGCUGCAGGGCCUGCACAGCCCCGCGGCCACGUUCCGCUUCGCGGGGCGCACCGUCCGCAUCCGGCAGGACUGGGAGCGGCGCGGCGUGGCGGCCGUGGUGUGGGACGCGGCUGUCGUCCUGUCCGCUUAUCUGGAGAUGGGAGGCAUCGAUCUGAGGGAUCGGUCGGUGAUUGAGCUGGGAGCUGGAACUGGAUUGCUGGGAAUAGUGGCCGCGCUGUUGGGUGCUCAUGUAACCAUCACAGACAGGGAGCCAGUGCUGGAAUUCCUGGAGUCGAACGUAUGGGCGAACUUACCUUCUGAACUACAUCCAAGGGCUGUGGUGAAGGAAUUAACUUGGGGAAAAGACCUUGGCAACUUCCUUCCGGGAGCAUUUGACUUCAUCCUGGGGGCAGACAUCAUUUAUCUCGAAGAAACUUUUGCGGAACUGCUUCAGACGUUGGAGCACCUUUGCUCAGAGCAAACUGUGAUUCUUCUUUCCUGCCGUAUCCGCUAUGAACGUGAUAACAACUUCUUGAAGAUGCUGAAAGGCCGUUUCUCUGUAAAUGAGGUCCACUAUGAUUACAGUAAGGAUGUUCAUAUCUACAAAGCACAGAGGCACAGUCCCAAAGAUGACUUUUGACUGUAUACUUUGUUAGUAAACUGCUGAUCCUUUUCAAACCUCCUCUUGUUCCUACUAAAUACACUUGUUCCUAGGCAUAUAAUUAUGGAGGUUGUGUUAUUUCACUGGCUUCAUUUUCCACUCAGUCAGAAUCUGCAGGGAAGGUUCCUGCCUACCUUCUGCAUAUUGAUUUUCCACUUCAUUCCCCAGUAAGAAAUGUGUAAGGUCUUCCACCAACUUUUUAUCGAAUAAUUGUUGUAGUUGAUUCAUGUUGCAAAAAUCUUCAUGCAUGAAAAAUGUAAAGAUUUGCUGUUUAAAAUCUGAAUUUUCCCACAUAAUUUUCAUGGAAAACUUACAGCAGCGAUUAGAUUAAGUGGGAUUUUUCCCUUUUAUCGCUUCUUCAACUUUAGAAAAGUGGAAGGAAUGUAAACUAAGACUUCAGUUCAAAAUGUUCUAACUCAUCAGAUGUACAUUCUUAGCACUGUGGUAAAAGAAGCCGUUCAAAGGGCAAACCCAACAAAGGCAGAUGCUAUAAAUCUGUUCUAUUACUACCACUACUGAACUGAAGAGGAGCAGGGAAACAAAGAACCAGGGCUGGGGAGGCAGGAGGGGGAUUAACAUUUCAAAGCAAGCUGACUUAGUGGUUGUAUCUAACUUGAAAGUAUAGAGGCCAUACCUGCUUCCAUCAGACUUCCUAAUGAGAAGAUGCUGUGGGUCUGUGAUCCAGAAGUGACAUGCAGGUUGUAUUUUGGAAAUAACAUGUCAUUAUAGCUCCCUCCAAUGAGGCCCGAAGGCCUUGCAUUUUGCCACUGGAGAAUCUGUUGUCUGUUUUCAGCUUUAGUUCUCUGCUUGGCUCUGAACUCCACCUGAGGGCGGAUGCUUUGUAAUACACUUGCUUACAACGGUGUACUUAGAAGCCACAAGGUGUCACUAAAACAGUACUAACUGGGAAUUUGCAGUAUCAAACUAGAGUUAAAGUCUUUUGAGGAAAGGAAGACAGCACCUUUAAUUAAGAGCAGAACACGGUAAGAGCUGUAAUGUGCCAAACAUUGCCUUUUCUGUCCUACCAAUUGGGUGAGCAACAUCUGGAAGAAAAUCACAUGCUCUCUCUAUUCUGCUUCUGGCUGUAACGUUUGGAAUGGGACUUCAGUUCUCACCACUCCUCUUCCUUUUCCUCCCCGCUAGUGCUUCCUUCUCUCUUAGCUCAUCUGUGGUCACUGUGUUUUGGCUCCCCCGGGGCUGGAGCUGGCAGAAAGCAGAGUGCUGCAGUUUGUGCCUUCCUGAGCAUGUGACUUGGCUCCUGGGGAAGGUCUGCUACCUGGCAAGAGGCUGCAGCUGCACUGCUGCCAUAGUAGGAACCUGCUUGAAAAGCCUGGUUACACAACACAGAUUUAAACCUAAAAGUUUAACAAUGUGCAUGAUAUUUAAAAAGGGAUCUCUGUUCCAUGGCUUACUUUUAUGUCAAGUUUUGAAUUUUUGGCAUUGCUUUCUAAUUGUUUAGCAGCUUCCAGUGUGUGUUGUCCUAUAGAUGAUUUUACAGCCUUUCUGAGAGCAGGCACGCAGCAGAAAAGAUCAGCCUUGGCUACUUCUAGACACAGGAGUGCAUCACACCAGAUGUGUAAGGCAGAAGGGCAGGAGCGAUGGCCCAGUUGGGUAAGCACUGAGAGCAGCUCUCCAAAUGACAUCUGCAAGCCUGAGGCAAAACCAGACUCUGGUGUCCUGUCUGAUUGGUCCCAGGCAAGUCUCUGAUCUAGAAUGAGAUGAUGCAUGUUAAUGUUUCAGCAGCUGCGUGGCAAUUAUGCUAACACUCUGCUCAGGUACUUUCUGCCACUGUGUGGAUAACUAUAGGAAAACUAUAUUCAAAAAAUAUAGUUUUUGAACUAUACUUCAAAAAUUCAGUGAGAUUCUCUUUUGGGUGGUUCCACUGCAUCACUCCUGGUUUGCAAUAUCACGUGAACUCAACUGGAUGGAGGACUUAUUUGUUCAGUUGUCCCAGAGUAGUGAUGUGGUGCAUAAACAGACUAUUGACAGUAAAAAAACCCACUCACCCUUGUGGGAGGAUCCAAGACACAAAGAAGUGAUUGGCUAGACGUGAACAUACUGUGAUUUUUGCAGCCAUCUCUGAAACAUGCCAUUCUGCGAGGGAACAAACUGCAAUGUCAUUGCAAAACUGCUGCUUUAUUAAUAUAAAGACAGAGUACAAAAUUCAGCUUCAAGGUGCCUCAGCACUGGAAGAAUCAGGUUUACUGGAUGACGUACUGACUGCAGAGGGACCUGUGUUACCUGAGUCCUUCAGUGUGAAGUUCAAGACACACUGCAUUUUUAUCCUACAAGCUAACCUGCCUGGGAUUCCCCUCAUUGCAGAGGUGUAGAUUUUGUAUAGGAACAAUGCUGUGAAAAUGCUUAGUUGUGAAAGCCACAAAAUCCCACCCAUAAUGAACCGACCUUUCUUCUUUCCCUUGGUGCAUUGCAUCAGUGAUGGAUUUGUUCUGGCUUUAGUCCCAGUGGUUCGAUCCAGCCUUGCAGACUACGUGAUCAACUUGUGAUCUUUGCAAUGUUUGCUGCCUUCCUUUCUGUUCUCAAAAUCAGCAGUAUGUGGCUUAGGAGAAAUGCUUACAAGUGGGAAAGAUAGUAAGUAUACUUAAACUGUGAAAGGAGAAAAAUCUUUCACAUGUUAUCAAACAACAGAACUAAGUGCCACCGUAACAGAUACAAGAAAGGAAGUUUAAAGACAAGUACCAGAAGUGGAAGAUAAACUUUGUUUUCAGGAUUUACCCUCUAAUUCAUUCAAAUGAAUUAAGAUUUUAAAAGCGUUCUGUUUAGGAAAAUAACUCAUAAAUUCUUACAGCGCGUCACAAGGAUACCACUGUCUGCUUAAAAUGCACCCUUUCCCAUAUUCCUAUCUAGCUCUGCCUCUCAAUCAGUGUAAAGGGAACAUCCUGCUCAAAAAAGAGACUUGUUAGAGUUUUUUAAAGCAUGUUUAUGUGACUGCACAUAAAUGUCUGUGUAAAAAGGGAGUUAUGACAGUUUAUACCACAAAGGUUACAGUAAGAAAAAGCACGUCUUUAUGACAAUAAUUCACAAAUUCACAAGAAUCACUUUAAUAUACAAAGCAAUUACUACCAUUCUGAAACAUAAAGCAGCUAAUAUGUACAUAGUGUUAAUAAAAUGCAUAACCCAGUACAGCUUUUUUUUUUUUUCUUUUUUUUUUUAAACACAGAUAAAGCACAAAAAAAAAAAGUAAAAAAAACAAAAACAAAAACACAACAGGGAUGUUUUUAGGUCUUUGGGGAAAGGUAAACAAGGAUUUAUUUCCCCCCAACAAUGGAUUUUCUUUCAGUCUUUUAACUUCCACAAGUACGUGGGAGUUGAGCUCAAAUACCCUGUUCUGUGCUGACAUGGUUUGGGUAAAGAACCAGAAAUGCAGAUGAGGUGAAGUUGCUCUUUCCAGCAUACGUUACAAAGGGAGAACAAUAACUCUUGCUCUGGAAGCUUCCCUGAAAACACUGUUCCAAAACAAUUUUAAAUUAUAAAUCCAGACAACCAGAAACUCAUUUUUGAAGCGAACAACCGAUCUGUGGACAAGCCUGUGGAGGGGCUGGCUGCCAACUAGCACCUCUUUUUGCCCUGUUCCCCAUCACAUCCAUAGAAGUCCAUAUCAGCAGCACAGCAAUAAGUCUCAUACACACUCGCAGUUCAGAAUUUUUAAACUUUAUGUUUUAAUAUAAAUAAAUGUUAUUACACACACACACACGCACAAAAAAUAAAAAUAAAAAAUAAAAA